AUGUAUAAACUCCUGCUCAUUUGCUGCAUGGUGGCAUGUGUCUUCGCCCAAGACGGUCGUCGCAGGCUUCCCGAAAAGACACCAGCUCCCGUCACGGAGCCGUUCCUGGAGGUGUCCAGCGUUAAAUGUGACUUAGCAGCUAACAAUUUCUGCCAUACGCAAGAAGAUCCUGACUCGGAGCAUGAUAAACCACUAACAACAGUAAAUGGU